CUUAUAUGUACGUCUAUGCAUGCGAAGGCUACACACUCUGGUACAGUAGGUGGCGGCUUCCCUGGGUUUGUGGGCGGUCAGAUGCCUGGUUUCCAGUUCUCAGGUCUGCAGGAUGAAGUUCUGGCUCAGGGCCCAAAGGUCCUGGUUACAGGUGCGACCGGCCUCCUGGGCCGGGCCGUCUGCAGAGAGUUUCAGAGCCAUGGCUGGGUGGUGACUGGGACCGGAUUCCGGAGAGCCCGGCCCCGCUUCCUGAGGUGUGACCUAACUGACGAGGAUGCCGUCAGGAGACUGCUUCAGGAGUAUAAGGUAAAAUGUGUAGCCCCUCACCAGUUAGGUGCAGUGAUUCUGCGUGUUCCUGUCCUGUUUGGGGAGGUGGAGUCAGUGAUGGAGAGCGCAGUGACGUCUUUAUGGCAGAAGGUCCAAGAGGCGACGGAGGAGAGCUGCCCGAUGGACCACUUCAUGCAGAGGUUCCCCACCGAUGCUCGAGACGUUGCCACCGUCUGCAGGAAGCUGGCUGAGAGAGCGAGGCAGGAUCCGUCCAUCCGAGGAAUCUUCCAUUUUUCGGGGAAAGAGCAGAUGACCAAGUAUGAGAUGGCUGUUGCCAUGGCGCAGGCCUUCAACCUGCCGUCCAAUCACCUCAUCCCUCUGACUGAGCAGCCAGCUGGGUCAACUCCUCGUCCAAUCAACAGCCAGCUAAACUGCUCCCGCCUGGAGCUGCUGAACCUGAGCGUCGAGCCUCGAGCGUUCUCCACCUCCAUCGUGGAGUGUCUGUGGCCGUUCACGGCUGACAAACGUUGGAGACAGACCGUCUUUCACUGAGGGAUUCUCGUUCAGCUGAAACAGGAUGAAUCUUAGCUAAUAACUGCUUCAAAUGUGAAAACAAAAGUUUUGGUUUGAAUUUCUUCCUCUUUGAAACGUCCCUAAAGAUGCAUGUGUUGGAGUCCUGUUAGCCCCCUGAAGGCUGCAUCCAUGAUGUAGAAACUGAAGUGACUCCGCUUUGUCUCAGUGUAAAGAGACUGAGUUUAUCUGUCCACCCUAACUGCUCCUCAGUGUUUGAAUUAAAUCUAAUUAUGGUUUGGAUUGUUCACAUUAAUCAGCUGCACCUCUUAUCUGAUGUCACUGACAUGUUAGUAAUAAUAGAUUAUCCACAGAUGAUGUAUAUAUGUUAACAGCAUGAAACUGAGUAUUUGUUGCUGCUUAAUUAAUUAAAUGAUAAUAAAAGAGGUUGAAUAUCUUAUUUUGUCA